AUGGUUCUAGCUAAAUUAUACUACUUUAUCAAAAACAUGGAAACCCUGAAACAGGUUAUUGAAACCCUCAACACCAACAUGUUCCAAGCUAAACCUGCACAAAUAAGAAUCGUCCAACCUGAUUUGAAUUUCCUGAAAAAUGUCGCAAUAAUCUUGGCUGUUACAAUUGCUGCGUGUGUUCUAUUUUGGUGUUCUUUUCCACUACUAGACAGUUCGAGCAGAGGCAAUCGAUUACCGUUUUUGUGUUGGUAUCCUAUUGAUACGACCGCAUCACCUGGGUAUGAAUUAAUCUACUGUCACCAAGUUGUAAGCGUUUUCAUUCUGGCUACUAAUAGUGUAAACCUAGACACUUUAAUUUCGGGCCUGAUGAUGCUUAUUGGAGCACAGUGUGAUAUACUGUGCGAUAAUUUAAGAAACAUGAAACCUGAACAUUUCAAUCAAGAAUUUGUUAAAUUUGCAGAAACGUCUAGCAAGUUUUUCAGUAUGAUUAUCUUCGGGCAGUGUUUUACAAGUGCAGCUUGUAUAGCAAUGACUUUGUUUAGACUCACAGUUGUAAGUGUGGUAUCGCCAAUGAGUAGCGAAUUUUGGUCCAUCACAUUUUAUCUGGGUGCGGCCAUUCAACAAAUUUUCUUGUAUUGUUGGUUUGGGAACGAAAUCGAAAUUAAAAGUAGUCGAAUUGGUUAUGCUGUGUUUGAGUCGGACUGGACUUCUGUUUCGCUUAGUGCUCAGAAAAGCAUGGUCAUUUUUGUUCUGAGGUGUCAGACAUCUAUUACAAUGUCUGCUUUUAACCUUGUUUAUCUGACAUUAGAAAAUUAUGUGGCGAUUUUGCGAGUUGCAUGGUCUUAUUUUGCGGUGAUCCGCAGUUUUAAUUCUGAUGAAUAG